GUGAAUUAUGCGUGAAUUAUUCUACACGAGCUAAAAGCAUAUGAAAACAACUGCAAAGAUUCUUAAAUCUCCUACUCGUUACCAAAACAAAUCGUAUAAUUUGCUGAAAUUUCUGCUGAUAUUUCUCUACAGACGUGAAGUCAAAGAAGUUUCAAAACAACACUAAACUUUUUCUAUGAUAUAUUUCGUUUUCUCUUUUUAAAAAUGGAAUCUGAUUUUAAUGUUAAUUUGUUUUGGGCGGUAACAUUUUGCGGUAUUAUAUGCGCCUUCAUUCCUGCUCUUGUGAGGAUGGUCUUGCAAAUUAUUACAAGAGAAACUGACAUGGAGAACAACCUUCGUCGUCAAGUAUGUGAUCUUAAAGCUGAAUUAGGCAGCAUUAGUAUGGUAGAUGAGUUUGCUAAAUAUGCUAAAAUUAAAAGAAAAAUCAAUAAAGCCACGGACGAAUUAACUCAUCAAUCUGAUGUUCGUACCUCAUACAAAAUGAGAAUGCAUUUAAUAUAUACUGCUAGCCUGUAUGCAGUUCUGGGUUGCACUGUAGUUUUUCUUUUAUGGAAUUAUCGAAAAGAACCAAUAGUAAUUUUACCAAGAAAUUGGUUGUAUCCAUUUGAAUCUCUGUUGUCGUAUCCUUCUGAUGUUCCAGGCAGCAUAAGUUUAACUUCAUGGUUGUUUGUAACUUCUACAGCUGCGAAAGCUAUGGCUAAAUCAUUAAAGCUUUGAUCUCAUUUUCCACUAAAAUAUUGCUUUCCUUAUUUUCAUUUGAUUUGGCAAUUUGGAGAUAAGAGCAAAUACAAAUUUUGUUCUGUUUGGUACAUCAAAAUAAACUUCCUGAUUAUCAUAUUAUUUAUCCUUGUAAUAUACAAUCAUUGUACAAGCUCCACUUUAGGUGCAAAAUUAUAUGUGUUUUAAUUUUUUGACAUUAAAUUAUUUAUUCUAGUGUUUGAUAUUUAAUCAAACUGUAGAUUAAACUGUCAAUUAAUUAAUAUUUAUUCAAAUAAUUUCUUAUUCCUUAAUUUAUAUUAACUCUUUCAUGUCAUUGUAUAAAUAAUAGUAAUAAUUUUUAUUCAAUGUUUGAGUGGUUAUCUGAUUAAACUGUUGAUAAAUUAUCAUCUAUGUGAAAUCAUUUCUUAAUCAUUAAUUUAAUUCAUAUGAAUUUUUCAUGUCAUAGAAUUAAGAUGUUUAACAUUUUAUGUUUGAGCAGUUGUUUGAUUAAUUUAUCAAUGCAUCAACAUUUAGUAAGAUGUUGUUUAUUUUUCUUUAAAAUUUAUAUUAACUUUUCAUAUUAUGAAAUAAAAUUAUUAUAUUUAUUUUUUCAUUUCAUGUCUAAAUAAGUAUAUUUACUAUUAAUAAAUUAAUUUUAUUCCAAUGACAUUUAUUUCAUUUAUGUAUACAGACUUUUGAUAUCAUUAAAAAAGAUUGUAUUUAUUUAUUUUUAAUUUUAUAUUUGAAUAAAAGUUGUUUGUGUUGAUGAAAUA